AAAAAAGUUUAAUAUUCAGACUUUUAAACCGCAUGCACAAAUUAACAAUUUGCUUUGUUGUUCACAACGAUGUCGUGUGUUGUGCUUAUUUAUUUGUAUUUUUUUUUCUAAUGAUUUUUCUGAACAAACUUUAAGAUCAAAGAAACAAAAACAGAAGAUGAUAUGUCAAAAUGAUGUUUUGAUAAAGGUUUAAUAAUAAAAAACAAUCGUCAUCAAAAUUAUAAAUGAUGUUCUCGUUUAGUACUCGUAAAAUGAAAAUGUUUUAAUAAAUACUACUAAUUAUAUUUCCAUCUUUCAUAACUUUUUAUAUUUAAUAUGAAAAGUUCUGAAUUAUAUUCAUGAAUCAUAUCAGAAAUGAAAUAUAUAGUUGGCGGUAUAUUUUGCUUAAUAUCGGUUUUCAUUUAUUGGUAUUGGGAUGAUAGUUUUGUAUCUGAGGAAUUUCCUGACGUUAAAGAUGUCACUGGCAGUUUACAAAACAUUUUCAAAGAACUUGAUAUAGAUCAAAAUGAAGUUUUAAAUGAAGUUGAAUUUUUAAGAAUGAAAAGUUUGUAUAUAGUUCUUCAAAAACAUGUGCAUGAUAUCCAAUCAGAAUACCUGAUACAGGAGUUUCCUAAUUUUACUAUACACUUAGGAGAACAAGUUAUUAAUGUUGAAGUUGACUUUCAACCUUUAAAUUUAAAGUCUAUGCUGAAGAACAUUUCUGAUCUGUCCGAGGAAGAAGCAGGCUCACUCCUUGGAUUAUUGAACUGGAAAAAUCCUUUCAAAGAAAGGCAUCCUUUUGGUGCAAAGGCCUUUUUAUCAUUUCUUCCACCUAAGAAAGAUGCACAACCAGGUUUUACUUGGUGGAUAGUAGAGCCAAAAAUUAAGAAAAACUCUCCACCCUUGUCAAAUCAAAGAUAUUAUCCUCCUAAAGUUCCACAAAAUAUUCUUAUUCUUCAUGCGUUACUUAGUCUGUUUCAUCCACAUCCAUUUCUUUGGACAAGAUUUCAGCCCCAAGGUACAACAGCUGUUAUACGGGCUGUUGAAGAUAAUUUUUAUGAUAUAGUUUUCAGAGUUCAUGCUGAGUUCCAAUUAAAUAAGCCACCUCUUCAUCCAUUUUGGUUUACUCCUUCUCAAUUCCAGGGCCGUUUAAUUAUCAACAAAGAAAGUUCUGUUAUUAAAUUUUUCCACAUGGAAGUUCCAGAUACAAGAUUAAAUGUGGAUAUGGAAUGGCUGAAUGGCCCAACUGAAGACAGUAUGGAAGUAGAUAUAGGAUAUAUACCUAAAAUGUCUUUGGUUUCAUCUGCAAUAUCUGUACCUUCAAAAGACGAAAAGGGAGCACAUCAGAAACUGUCUACUCUAAAAUGGAAAUCAGAAAUUACAAUGGAAGAAGCCUUAAAUUUAUUGGAAUUGCAGUUCUUUCCUUUUAAAAAAGUAAAGUAUUAUAAUGUAUCUGAUGCUUUUGAUGUGGCAUCAAAAGAAUCAAAGCUUGUUCAUGGAAUUAUACUAUGGGGUAAUCUGGAUGAUCAAUCAUGCUGAGGAUCAGGGCGGACUUUACGAGAAACUGCUCUUGCAAGUCCGCCCAUUUUACAACUUCUAGAAGCUCAUUUCAUCAGCUUCUGGUCUACAGUUGCUGAUUUAGAGGCAAUUGUGAAGGAAAGUGCUGGCUCUAAGGCUUCCUUUUUUGCCCAAUCAUGUAUAAAAAAUUAUGAAUUUCCAGUUGAAUCCAUUGUCUUUUUUCCAAAUGGAACUGUAAUUCAUCGAAUUAAUGCUAAUGUCUUGUUGGGUCUUAGUAAUGAACAAGAAUCUUUUUUUGAAAUAAGGGAUCCAGUUGAAAAGAAUUAUCAGGAAUUUUUAGAAAAUGCCUUGUUGAUGAGCAAAACAAUGAAGACAGAAACUUAAGAGCUACAUAUUGAAGAACUGUUAAGUUUUCUAAUAAGAUAAAGGAGCCCAAUUUAACCAGCUAGUGUCUUGUGUCUUUUUUAUUGAUGUUGUUCUGUGUUAUUCUAACUGUGAUACUUUUUUAAAUUAUAUUAAAUUAUAGAAAUCUGUUAUAGAAAUUAAAUUAUUUUAACACCUUUAUAAUUUCUUUCAUGUUAAUAAACUUAUUGAUUAUCUUAACUCAUACUCAUUAUCUUAGUGAUUUGUGUUGUUCUUACCUCAAUGAAAUGAAAUUUUUAAAAAAAUGUUGAAUAUAAUUGUUUUUUGCUCAUACUGUAAGAUAUAAAGGAAUUAUGUUAUUGUAAUAUUUCUUAGAUGCAGGAUCUAAGUUUUCCCGACAUGUUUUUGUACACACAUCUAUUAAUAAUGAAACUGCAAAACCAUAAAUCUUUAAGUUUUAAAAUUACAAAGUUUUGCUGUAGUUUUCUAAUUUCUGUCCUUUAAAUAUUACAACAUUAGAAAACAAGUUUAUAGAGUGCCUGUCUUGAAUCACGGUUAAUAUUAUUGCUGUUAAUAGAUUUGGAUGUUUUAGAAAUCUAAUAAAUUCAUGAAGUUUAUCAUAUGAAUAAUUUAGUUAAUGUUGGAAUAUCUCCAUAAAUGUAUUUCCUUCCACCAAGAUAAAGAUACUGUGAUCUAUCUCUAGCUUAUAAGUUCAUGUAUAUAUUAAGAUAUAUAAACUUUAAUAUAUUUAUUAUUUGUUAUUAGUUUUAUUUUAUUUUUUUUAACAUCAACAAAAUUUUUAAAUUAUAAUUUACUUU